AUGUGUGAUCUGGAUAGGAUCCUGCACCAGAUAAAGGACACCUGUGGGACAAGUGACAAAAUCCAAAAUUCCCGGGAUGUCCGCGGGGCAGGUUCGCUCCACUUUCGCGGCGUGUCCCGGGAAGAGGCUGCGCUGGCCGGGGAAAGCCAGGGAGGAAUUCGGGUCCGAGCGACUCCUGGAACCUUGGGCCCCUCCCUGACCCGUGGUGGCCGGUGUAGCCCUUGUUCGAACCCCCGUCCCCGUCGCUCCCGGGCUGUGAUUCCACCUCCGCGCCUGUCCCGGGAGCGCACCGGAGGAAACAUAGCUCCCGAAGUGCUCCAGCCGUCAGGUCCUGGGGAAGAGGGAGCGCACUGGGAGCUGAGGGGGACCCGGCACUCCACAGGUACAGUGAGGCCGCGCCCCUGGCCCAUCCGCUGCCGGGCCGGCCCCUCGGCCCUGCGCGGCCAGCCUCGCCCCGCAGUCCUAAGUUCCUUCAGCUGUGGCCUACGAGACUCAAGGCUGGCGCGCCCCCGUCGCGGGCCCCGCACUCACCCUCUCCCAGCAGGAGCGGGAGCAGCCGGCGACCGACGCAGCGCGCCCGGCGCCUGCAGCCCGGAGCACCAAGACUACAUUUCCCACAAGGCUGCGGGCCGCAGAACGGUUCGGCCGUCGGAGUGCGCAAGCGCAGGGGCCCCCACAGGGCGAGGCUGUGGCAGUGACCAGCGGCAGUGGUCCACCGUGUGGCCGCUGCGCAGGCCGUCGGUUUCCAGGCGGGACGCGGGGUUCCCAGGCGGCCGCCUUACCCGGGCUAGAUGUCCCCCUUUGGAGCAUGUCGACGUCCACCCCAUGGGAAGAAGGGACGGCCUUGGGGGAAAGCAUGAGCACAGUCCCCCACUAUCAUAGAUUAUGCAGUUGAGUUUCCCACAUUUGGGGAAAUCACAGGGGUCAACACAUCUGCAGUACAAUGGAUAAGCUUGCUUUGGGAAAACCACCUUUGUGAUCAUGGUAUCUCCCCUGCCAGGAUUGCUCUUACAUCCUGAAAAACAAAAAAAGAAAGCAAUUGCCAAUGAUUCAUGUGACUGGCUGAGACUAAAUGUGUAGAAGGAAGAUUAAUGAUAUCUCAAGAAGGGUUUGCUUUUGACUAAAAGACAGUAAGAAGACAAAAUUUUUAAAAACACUACAUAAAAUAAUGGAUGACAGCUGAACUGAGUACUUCGUAACUGUGACUUUUAUGCAAGACCUCACCUUCAGCAUACCUCAACCAACAGACAUCAGUAGCACCUCCCCCUUAAAACUCCAGAUGGUGGCAUACUACAUACUACAUACAUACUUGAAGACAGAGAAUGCCAAAAGUGUGAAAUAAAUGUGAGGUAAAAGAAAAAGUGGAUGUCAGGGAAGAUGGUAGAGUAGGAAGCAGCAAGGUUCUAUCUAUCCACCUAGACAAGUGAGCUGUCAGAAUCUGUCUGAUACAACUAUUUUAAAACUUUGGAAACUAUUUGAAGGCUUGCAGCUUCUAGGGGAAGGCCUGGCCAGUAAAGUGAAAUUAAUUUCAGUUGGCAGCAGCUACCCAUGUCUAAUCCUUUAAACUCAAGGCUUGCAGCUGUAGUAGCCUCCCUAGAGUGGCCUUUGGUGGCCAAAGUGGCAAUAAAGACCUUGCUCUCUAAAUAAUGGA